AUGAAUUUGGCUGCUAAAUUAUGGAUCACAAAUCGCAGUGAUUGUGAACUGCUUGUGCAAUAUGUGAUGCAAUUGGCACGAUUUGAUCAGAGUUACGAUAUUCGUGACAGAUGUCGAUUUCUGCGAAAUUUGCUUUUCACUGAUAACAAAUUAUCAGCAUCUGCGAGCGAAAUUUUCAACACCGAAAAACCAUCACCAGCUUCGCAGAGUACCUUCAAAGGUAAGAGUUUUGGAAAUAAUAAAGAACUGGUGACAAAAGGCAGGCAUUGUUUAUUGAUAAGUAGUAGUGCUGUCAUGCGAAAGUUAGUGGAACACCCAAUUUAUUUGCGGUUAAAUUUUCAUCGUUUCGGUGGUAAAAUAGUGAUAAUGGGCCAUGCUAUAAGAGAUUUUUAA